AGAGAAUUUUGGCAGCCCUUCAGAGAGGGCACACCUUGUGUAGUAAACGAGGGCCGAACCUCAGGCUGUCACUCUCUGUUUACAUUGUCACUUUGUAUAUCUCUUUGUCACUCUCUGUUUACAUUGUGUUGCCGCGACACACAUAACGGAGAAAGAGAAGGAAGAGACCUGGUACCGGAGAAAGAGGGCAAAACUAGCCCAAGCACGGUUACUACUCAGAGCCAUUGCCGCGCAGAACCUACAGCGCAGACAUCAUAGUUCAGGGACCAUGACGGGAUCGAACUACCAGAACGCUCCCAACAGCGGGCCAGGUUUGAAGUGGGAUUGCCUACGUUGUGGUCGGUUCGUGAAGGGGCACCACUGGCGGUGCUUGUGCGGACAAGGUUACGGAGCCAACCAGAUAGAGGAGAGCAAAAACGGUGGUGGGCCCUUCUUCCCACGCUUUGCGCCAGCGGCAGUCAGCACAACGCGAGUCCAGCCGCCCCCGCCAGAAUAACCUGACCAGCCAAGACAAGAAGGCCAUCCAGCAAGUCAUCAGUCGUACGAUCGCUGCCUUUCGAGCGGAGGCCAUGACCCACUGCAGUUUCAUCGAGCCUCCGUCCGACAGCAAGGAACUCAAGGCCUUCAAGGCUAACGUCCGUCAACGCAUGGAGAAGCUAGCAGUACUUGUGAUCGCGGCGAAGGGAGCUAACCACGGGUGUAACGACGUCCAGCAAGAACUAGCGGUGCUCAAGAUGAUGCACGGCGACACGGAGACGGUCGCCCGCCAGCUUCAUGUCUUGAGACCCAGUCGUGACAAGACAAUCGAGAAAUUCAAGAACAUUCGUGGCAAGGUAUGUGAUCUACUUGCGGAGGAGAAGAAGGCUGACGACGAGCUCGCGAAGAUGAAGGUCAACAUAUCAGAAUUGGAAGAUUUAGAAAUGAAUGAAGACGACAUGCAAAAUGCCGAGGGGAUGCCAGUGCAGCACACGAUUCGUUCGCCACGUCAGUAUCCAGCAGGCGCGGCCCCGCCAGACUAGGCAAUUCAAUGCCACCAGCGCCGAAUGGAC